AUCGUUGCUUCUUUAGUUAUUUAAAUCAUUCACACACAGUUUUUGAUACAACAAUUGCUAUGUGGAAAAAGCUAAUUUUUAUUGUUGUGAUUUGUAGCCAGGCCUUUGCAAGUGUGGAUCAGGCAUUUACGGAAAAUGAAAUUGUUUCGGAUGUUAUUGACGUGCCUCCUUAUCAAUUGGUUGAGGUAAAAUAUCCAAGUGGCGGUGUGGUAAAACUAGGAAAUUACCUAACUCCAACACAAGUAUUACAAAAACCAUCUGUAAAAUUUACGGGCGAUCCUAGCAAGUACUAUUUACUAUGUAUGACAGAUCCAGAUGCGCCAAGUCGUGCUGAACCAACAAUGCGUGAAUUUGAACAUUGGCUAGUUGGAAAUAUACCUGGUGACAAAGUAUGCUAUGGCGAAACUAUAGCCGAUUACAUCCCAUCAGCGCCACCGGAAAAUACUGGCUAUCAUCGAUAUAUAUUUUUAAUUUACGAACAACCUGGUUAUAUCCAAUUCGAUGAACCACGUUUGACAAACACAUCAACAUCCGGUCGUCCAAAAUUUUCGAUACGUAAUCUUGCCAAAAAAUAUGGCGUUGGUGAUCCAAUUUUUGGUAACUUCUAUCAAGCCCAAUACGAUGAAUCGGUUCCAUCAAUUUAUGCUAUGUUGGAUAAUUAUUCAAUGGUCAUUUCUAUGAUAAUUACCAUGUGGAAAAAAUUAGUUUUUAUUGUUGUGAUUUUUAGCCAGGCAUUUGCAAGUGUGGAUCAGGCAUUUACGAAAAAUGAAAUUGUUCCGGAUGUUGUUGACGUACCUCCUUAUCAAUUGCUUGAGGUAAAAUAUCCAAGUGGAGUUGAGGUAAAUCUAGGAAAUAAUCUAAACCCAACACAAGUAUUACAAAAACCGCAAGUCAAAUUUAAUGGAGACCCAAGCAAAUACUAUUUACUGGCCAUGGUCGAUCCAGAUGCGCCAAGUCGUGCCGAGCCAAAAUUGCGUGAAAUUGAGCAUUGGGUAGUUGGAAAUAUACCUGGGGAUAAAGUAUGCCGUGGGGAAACCAUCGCCGUAUACAUUCCACCUACUCCACCAAUGGGUACCGGUUAUCAUCGAUAUGUAUUUUUAAUUUACGAACAACCGGGGCACAUCGAAUUUGAUGAGGCACGUUUAACAAAUAUUUCAUCUUUAGGACGUACAAAUUUUUCGAUUCGUAAUCUGGCCAAUAAAUACGGUUUGGGUGAACCGAUUUUUGGUAACUUCUUCCAAUCUCAAUUCAUUCAACUUCAAGACGUUUUGGAAAUACUUGUUUGAGAAAAAUAUUGGCUUCUUUUCCUUUAUUUUUUGAGUAUUUAACUCCUUAAUAAUUUACAGAGCCAAAGUAGGAAAG